CAACAGUGCAUCCAUUUCUCCCCUCAUUUUCAUAACCCACUUUCUCGCUCUUCCUCUUUUUCCCCUUAUUCACAUCUUCCUUCUCAGAUCGGAUCAGAUCAGAUCAGAUCUCCGUUCCAAUGGCAACCCCAUCCGCUCGCGAAGAGAAUGUCUACAUGGCCAAGCUCGCAGAGCAAGCCGAGCGCUACGAGGAGAUGGUCGAAUUCAUGGAAAAGGUAGCCAACGCCUCUGCCGAAUCUGAUGAACUCUCCAUCGAAGAGCGCAACCUCCUCUCUGUUGCCUACAAGAAUGUCAUAGGUGCUCGCCGUGCUUCCUGGAGGAUUAUUUCAUCCAUCGAGCAGAAAGAGGAGUCUCGCGGCAACGCCGAUCACGUCGCUACUAUUAAGGAGUACAGGGAAAAGAUCGAGACCGAACUCUCCUCGAUCUGUGAUGGAAUCCUGAAGCUGCUUGAUUCCAAGCUUAUCCCUUCUGCGGCCAACGGAGAUUCCAAGGUGUUUUACCUUAAGAUGAAAGGGGAUUAUCAUAGGUACCUUGCUGAAUUUAAGACUGGUUCUGAGAGGAAGGAAGCGGCGGAGAAUACGCUCAAUGCUUACAAGGCUGCACAGGAUAUUGCAAACUCAGAGCUGCCACCUACACAUCCAAUUCGACUUGGAUUGGCUCUUAACUUCUCAGUGUUUUACUAUGAGAUCUUGAAUUCACCCGAUAGAGCAUGCAGCCUUGCAAAACAGGCUUUUGAUGAGGCAAUUGCUGAGCUCGAUACUCUGGGAGAGGAUUCAUACAAAGACAGCACAUUGAUAAUGCAACUCCUUCGCGAUAAUUUAACUUUGUGGACUUCAGACAUGCAGGAUGAUGGAGGGGAUGAAAUCAAAGAAGCACCCAAGAACGAUGAGGAAUAAGACUGAAAAGUCUUAAAAUGGUUAUGAUUUCAUCAUGUCUUUCUUGGUUUGUGUGUGUGAAUGAACUAUGAAGUUCUUUUUUUGUCUUCUUUUUUCCCCCCCUGUCUCAUUGCUCCAUCUUUGUUGUCUUCUCAAUUAUCAUAUACUUGAAUUGUUUAUUGUUAUAAUGUUCAUUGAGGAGCAUAUUAGUGCUCCCUAUCUUGCUUGCUUAUAACUUAAUUAUAUUAUUAGAAUGAAUGUUGGUUUGUACUUUUUUACACCAUUUCC